CCGGGCCACCACUGCCAAGCCCCAAGUCCUCGCCGUGCUCGCCCUGUGUGCAGUGCCGAGGUCCAGCUUACCCACCUUAGUUAGCACGUGGGCUAGUCUAGGCCUCAGUGACCAUGCUUUGUCAGUGACAGCCCCAGGAGGUGCAGCUCAGGCUAUAUGCCAGUGGAAGAGAUUCGUGUGGUGAGCAGUUGCUAAGCUAGCUCUCAAGGAUGGAGGAUUCUAGUUUGUGCCUUGGUGUGUCCUCAGCGAUCUCGGAUGCUGACACCCAUCUCAGCAGUGCCGUGCUCAAUGGCCGCUACCCCAUCAGCCAGAAGCUGCACCAGCUAACCGCUCAGCUGGGCCAUGCCUUCCCUGACCUGCCGAGCCGCCAGCAGAUCCCCGAGGAGAAAGCUGCCACCCCACUGGACGAGAAGACCCACGCCGCUCUGGCCAGCCAGCCAAUCAGCAGUCAGAUGGCUCUGCUCGCCAAUCAACUGAACCGAGACAUGGAGACCGGCGCACUGGGCGCUCUGAACGGACGCGUGGACCUGCAGCAGUUUCUCAACGGUCAGAACCUGGGCAUCAUGUCCAAGAUGAACGACAUUGAAGACGACGCCCGGAAGAACCGCAAGUACCCGUGCCCGCUGUGCGGCAAGCGCUUCCGCUUCAACAGCAUCCUGUCCCUGCACAUGCGCACCCACACCGGGGAGAAGCCCUUCAAGUGUCCCUACUGCGACCACCGGGCCGCCCAGAAGGGCAACCUGAAGAUCCACCUGCGCACCCACAAGCUGGGCAACCUGGGCAAGGGCCGCGGACGCGUGCGCGAGGAGAACCGUCUGCUCCACGAGCUGGAGGAGCGAGCCAUCCUGCGGGACAAGCAGAUGAGGAGCAGCCACAUGCAGCCCUCCCAGACCCUCCCCCACCAGCCCCACCUGGGCCCGCAGACCCACAACCAGCAGCAGCCCGGCUCCGCCUGUGGCCUCCUCACCCCCACCAGCGCGGGGGGCACACCGGACAGCUCCAACCAGCUCUCCUCCUCCCCCAAGCCGGCCGGCGCCAACCCAGGACCGGAGGACCAGGGCCCCAACCCGCCCACGGGCUUCCGCUGCACCUUCUGCAAGGGCAAGUUCAAGAAGCGCGAGGAGCUGGACCGCCACAUCCGCAUCCUGCACAAGCCCUACAAGUGCACGCUGUGCGAGUUCGCCGCCUCGCAGGAGGAGGACCUCAUCUCGCACGUGGAGAAGGCCCACAUCACCGCCGAGUCGGCCGCGGGCCAGGGCGACGGCAACGGCCCCGAGAAGCCCGCCAACGAGUUCCGCUGCGAGGUGUGCAGCCAGGUGUUCAGCCAGGCCUGGUUCCUCAAGGGCCACAUGCGCAAGCACAAGGACUCGUUCGAGCACUGCUGCCAGAUCUGCGGCCGCCGCUUCAAGGAGCCCUGGUUCCUCAAGAACCACAUGAAGGUGCACCUCAACAAGCUGGCCAUCAAGAACAAGCCGCCGGUGGGGGUGUCCGAGCAGGACAUGUCCACGGUCAACACCAUGAGCAGCCUGGCCCAAGAGGCCCACGCCAACCUCUACUCGCGCUACAUCUCCUGCCUGCAGGGCGGCUUCCUCUCCCCGGACAAGCAGGGCCUGGCCGAGCAGCACCAGAUGUUGGCCAAGGCCGGCCUCGCCAUGAAGGAGAAGGAGAUGCUGGGCAAGCUGCUGGGCCCCGUGGCCGGCAUGAGCCACGCGCUGGGCGAGAACGAGAAGCGCUCGCUCCUGGGCUGCCUCAACCUGGUGCCGCCGCUCAAGUCCAGCUGCAUGGAGCGCCUGCAGGCGGCCGCCAAGGUGGCCGAGAUGGACCCGCUCAACAGCUACCAGGCCUGGCAGAUCAUGGCCCGCGGCAUGGCCAUGGAUCGCUCCUUCAUGCCCAAGGAGCAGCACCACGGCCACCACGGCCAGGACGAGGAGAUGGCCAACGCGGCUGCCAUGGUCAACUUCAACAAAGAGAAGCACGAGGUGUACCCCCCCAUUAGCUCUGCCGACAGCCUCAAGCAGAAGCAGCAUGCCGAGGUCAUGCACGGGCUCAAGACCAGCGUGGCUGGAAGCAUGAUGCCCCUGAAGGAAGAGGGAGGAGGUUUCGACGGACACCGAGAGUUCAUGUCCCACCAUGGCGGCCUGGGUCUGGGCCAAGGCCUUGACUUUGGCCUGAGCAGCCUGAAGGAGAAGCCCUCCGAGUGCCCCGACUGCGGCCGGGUCUUCAGGACCUACCAUCAGAUGGUGGUCCACUCCAGAGUGCACAAGGAGCGGCGCAACGUGGAGGAGAGCCUCCAGCACAGCAACACCAACACCACCCUGGACGAGCGCCGCGGCUCCGCCAGCGACCCCGAGUCCCAGUCCAUCAGCCGGUCCACCACCCCGGGCUCCUCCAACGUGACGGAGGAGAGCGGCGCCGGAGGAGGACACUCCCAGACCGGGAGCGUUCAGGACGACAGCCCCCACCCUUCCUCUCCAUCCUCAGAUGUGGGAGAUGACCUGACCAAGAGCGGGGGGGCCGUGCAGCCUCCGACCCCCCAGCACCGGGAGCGUGGCGUGGGCUCGGCCAUGAAGGACUGCCCCUACUGCGGGAAGAGCUUCCGCACCUCCCACCACCUGAAGGUCCAUCUGAGGAUACACACAGGUGAGAAGCCCUACAGAUGCCCUCAUUGUGACUACGCUGGAACCCAGUCCGCCUCACUGAAGUACCAUCUAGAGCGCCACCACCGCGAGCGCCAGAAUGGCAGCGGCCCCUCGGCCAACCACCCUCCCACCUCCUCCUCCUCCUCCUCCUCCUCCUCCUCGGAGCACAAGGAGGAGCACGGCAAGAGCGGCGGCGGCGGCGGCGGCGGCGGCGGCGUGUUCGCCCGGCCGGACGUCCUUCGCGGCGUCUUCAAGGGCAUGAUGCCCAGCAGCCUGGACUUCCGAGGCGGCCAGCUCCUGCCGCACCAGUGGGCUCCUCCCAGCAUGCUCUCCCCGCGCGAGAGGGAGCGAGAGCGGGAGCGCGAGCGAGAGCGCCACGGCCUGGGCGCCGCCGACAACAACAACACCGCCGCCGAGAGCGCCAAGAACCCCGAGCUCCCCAACGCCGGCGACGGCCCCGCCAGCUUCUCGGACCUGGGCAGGGCCUACCAGAGCAUGGUGGGCAACGGCGUCAACUUCCAGGGCUCCCUGCAGGCCUUCAUGGACAACUUUGUGCUGAGCUCCCUGAAGAAGGAGAAGGAGAUGCGGGAGGGUCAGCUGCAGGGCCCCCUCCAGCCCCCGGCCCCACACUACAGCCUGGACAGCGGCGAGCCCAAGGCCAAGAGGAGCACCAGCGAGGGCACCGGCAGUGGUGGCAAUGCCAACCAGGAGGAGAAGCCCUCCGCGGACGCCAAGCCCAGCGAGGGCAAGCCUCGCCCGCACGCGCGCUCCCAGUACGAGCCGCUGGACCUGUCCGUCAGGCCCGACUCGGCCUCCCUGCCCGGCUCGUCCGUCACCAUCCAGGACAACGUGCCGUGGCACGGCUGCCUCUUCUGCUCCUUCAGCACCGCCUCCGUCGAGCUCAUGGCGCUCCACCUGCAGGCCAACCACCUGGGCAAGGCCAAGCGCGGCGCAGGGAGCGCGGAGGCCACCGACGGCCUGCUGGGCGAAGCCUCCCACGGCCUGGGCGCUAAAGGCCCCCUGGUGGCGCCUCCAUCCCUCCUGCACCACCACCACGAGGCCUCCUCCACCACCCCCCGGGAGAGGGACAUGGGAGAGCCUGGGGAGCUGAAGAGCGCCUGGUCCAACCACAUGGAGCAGCAGCCCCCGCACAAGAGCUCCAUGGGAGACUUUGCGAGCGACUUCUACAAGCCCUUCGGGCCGCUGUUCGAGGGCUCCGCGCGGGGCCUCCCGGGGCCGCUGGGGUUCCUGGAGCAGCAGCAGGGCGGCCGGGCGGCCGACGUGGGCAGAGCGGGCGGAGGCGGCGCCUCCCUGGACGAGCUCUCGGACAAGGCCUCCUGCGGCGACACGGAGGCGCCCGAGGAGCGCGGCCAGUCCGAGGAGGAGGAGCCCGGCAGGGAGGAGACCCCCAGCCGUCCCGCCUCCUCCAACAACAACACCGCCAUCGCCUCCUCCGAGCGGCCGGCCGGCUACAACCACCGCGACGACGAGGAGGAGGACGAGGAGGCCGAGGCCUCGCAAGAGGAGAUGGAGAUGGACGAUGAUGACGACGACGACGACUCCCUGCCCACGCAGGUGCCUCUGCGCAACGAGUCCCCUCUGUCCGCCAAGGACGCCCUGAGAUCCAAGAGCCUCCGCGCCGGGCCCUCCCCCCCACAGCCCCCAGCCCUGGAGAAACAGUGGCAUCAGCAGCAGCAGCAGCAGCAGCAGCAGCAGCAGGGCCUGGGUCUCCUUUCAUCUCACGGAGGUCCCCCAGGGCUGCUGAAGCCGGAGCAGGCCCAUCUCGAGCAGCAGAUGAACAUGCUGUCCGUCCUGAGGGCCUUCAGCUCGGAGAACCUGGGCGCCUUCAACGGAGGCCUGGCCAGCAGCACCAGCGGGCCCAGCGGAGGCACCAAGAGAGCGGACGCACCCGUUCAUCUGUGGGCCACAGAGGAGGAAGGCUCCGGCAGCUUCGGCCCAACUCUGUCCCCCGAGCUUAACCUAGCCGACUCUGAGAUGCACGACGCCUCUCUAAACAGAGACUAACAGCCAUCUGGAAGCACACGCCGGGGGCCACGAGGAUGACGAAGAUGAUGAUGAUGAUGAUGGCGGAGGUGGUGAAGAAGACAAACUCUUAAUUAAAAACAGACUAUUUAAGAACAAACAGAAACUAACAGACAAAACAUGGAUGGAUUAAGCUGAAGCAGGAGCAAUCGGCUCUUCUCUGCAGGCAUGGCAGAGAGGAUGAGACCUGCUGACUUUUAGUGGACUGGACACUUUAAAAAAAAAAACUGUGGGAAAAAAUAAGAAAAAAAAAAGAAAGACUGGCUUCACAGCGCAUUUGUUCAACGUCUCUUGAAUCUUUCUUGUAGCCAUAUGUUCUGUGCAGUCCCUGUUUUUGGCUUUGACAUUGUGAAAAAAAAAGAGAAAAAAAAAGAAAACAAAAGCUUAAAAAGGCUAAAAAAUACUACCUGCGUGUCCAAUGUCUAUGAGUGCAACACAUUCCUUUAUCCAAGAUGGAAGUAGAAGCAAUGCAGUGCUCUGUCAGCUGAUGGGGAAGAGACGGGAGGAGAGCGGAGAGCGAGGCCUGCAGUCCCAGCCUCUCCACAGCCACACAACCUUCACAUUCUGCCGCUUCCUCUGGAGACCAGAGACAUGACAAUGUCCACACUGCCCUUUGACACACCUCUGUUAUGCUACAAUGGUUUUGACUGGACGUGACUGUUUCCCGAAGCCCCGGUCCGGCCAACCCAGAGCACAGUCUCCUUCAGUGACCAAGCCCCGCUAACCUGGGAGACCAAGCACAGUCCGAGGCCCUCGAGGCCUACCCAUCUCUCCUACCCCACACACUCCCAAGGGCACCAACAACCAGGACUGAAGUAGAAGCGCUCUCUCCGACAAUCUGGUGCUUUAUAAGAGGAGUGGGCAACAAUGCGAUGACACAUAGGUGGAGUUGAUGGCUGAAUGCAGGGUGGAGUAGCCAUGGUGAUCUAUGGUCCAUGGCAACUACAAGGAAAGGAGAGGCCUGUGUGUGGGAAGAAAAUAUUGUUGAAGUGAUCUCUCCUCACCUUUCUUAAUUAGAGAGUGAUAUAUGUGCUCAUACACAAAUAUGAAAUGUGUGGAGUUAGGUGUAAAAUAAAAGUGAGUUAAACAGAAGUAUAACAGUCAGAUUGUAUUCCUCUAAGAGAAAGUACCAACGUGACAAGAAUAUCUAGUUUACACCAGACUCAUGUUACGAAUCAACACCAACUGACAUAUUUGAAAACUAAAGAUGAUAAAGAAUGCUAGAUGAAAAAUGAAAACCACCAUCUUGUUUUAUCUCUCCUGUAAAUGUCAAGGACAAUAGUGUUGACAAAAAAUAGUGUUGAAGAAAAAUUUGUAAUAUACUGCCACAGAUCAAUGUUGCAAAGUGUUACUGACUACUGAAAUGGUUUGAUGUAUUUACUUAUUAAAAAGAAGAAAAAAAGCAGGAAACAAAUAUUGUCUAGCCUUAGAUACAGUCAUCUGUUGUUGCAUCUACAAAGCUAGCUGUUUUAGAUGGUAGCUAUUAGAAUGGAUUUUUUUUUCAAGUACUGUACUUUUUGCCUUCUACAAUGUAAAGAAAAGAAGAAAAAAAGAAAAGAUUGACAAUCUUCUCAUAUUGCUGCAAGCAUAUGCCCAUACAGUAUAUACAUAACUCAUACAUGCAUACAUAGAGGGGUUUCUCUUGUUUUCUCCAAAAGUAUUUUGCACUGUGAUAGUAAUUCUAAACCCAGUCUAUACAGUACAAAGUUAAAAACUAACUAAAAAUGACAAGUGUGUAUGUGUGUGUGUUUGUGUGUCCCUUGACAUUGUGAAAUGUUACUUUCCCCCCCCCCCCACCUCUGUUCUCUUGUGAACGCUGAUCAGUCCAUCUCUGAUCGCCAUUAUUUUGGUCUCUGAAAUAUCCCUUUCAAGAAGAGUUUUCUUCACCUUUAAAAGCUCACGCCACCAUGUACAGCCUCAGCCAUCUGAUAAAAGCAAAGGCCAUGAGUCAUCAACUGUACAAAGCUUAGUGUUGGGUCCCCCAUUCCUUCCUUGCAAAUAAACCCCAUCUUUUUUCUGGCAUAAUGCAUUCUUUUAGCAUAAGACCUACAGCCCUCCCAUAUCCGCCUGGUCAUGAGAAAAGCCAAACAGAAAAAAAGAAAAAGUAGCGUGUUAUUGUAUACUUGGGCGCCGGGUGUAGCAGCACGCACUGGGACCUGCUAGCGAUUGGCCAAAACUGACCGAUAAGAUGCAUCUAUUUCCCCGGUCAUGUGGCUCAAGCUGGCUGAGUUCCUGUAGACGUUCUCUCUUUCUCUCUCUAUCUCUCUCUCUCUUCUCUCUCUCUCUUUAUUCUCUCUCUCUGUAGUGCAGUACCUGGGAAAAUGAGCUGAAGGUGUCUGCCUGGGUUUGACUAAUCCAGAGUAUGAGCAUUCCAGUCCCCCCCCCCCCCCCACCCCACUCCACCCCUAUGCCCCCUCACCCAGAGCUGUCUUGUGAGCUGUAAACUUUUCCGUUUGCUGUACCCUCAUGGCAGAUGCUUUGUUUUGUAACUACUGAA